AUGGUUUCCACUCAUUUCUUCACUGGAGUGUACACUGUCUCGGCUCUCAUUCUGGUCAGCAGUCUCGUUUGUGCAACUUUUAUUCUGACUGAGAUUAAUGGUAUCACAGUGGAAGUUAACCAUGGAAUGAAGGCGUUUAACCACUACUCGACGGAUGCCUGGACUAUGAUGGCUUCUGAACUUGGCACCAACGCUCUUCCGAUCUUCCGCUUUACCCGCUCCACCGAAAAAACCUGCAACUGCGGUGCUCAACCCAACAAUUGUCCACCAGGACCUCCUGGACCACCAGGAUCCGCUGGAGAAAAUGGAGAGGAUGGAACUCCGGGAGUAGAAGGAAAGAAUGGAAAUCAAGGAAUCUCUAUCAUGGCACCAGUUGACCCCUACUCUACUCCAUCUUGCACAGUUUGCCCAACUGGUCCUCCAGGACCACCUGGAUCCGAUGGAGAAGCUGGACCAGUUGGAGCAGAUGGAACUCCUGGAGAUAAUGGUGCUGAUGGACAACCAGGAGCACCAGGAGUGGCUGGAGCACAAGGAGAUCAGGGAGCAGCUGGAGAACCAGGACCAGAAGGAGCUGCUGGAGCCCCUGGAAAGAAUGGACAACGUGGUUCUGGGCUUCCAGGCCCACAAGGACCAGAAGGAGCUGCUGGAGAGCCUGGAAAGGAUGGACAACCGGGAGAAGAUGGAUCAGAUGGGAAGCCGGGAGCUCAAGGAGAAGCAGGAGCACCAGGAAAAGAUGGAGAAACCGGGCCAAUUGGUCCACCAGGAGGAAAUGGGGAAGUAGGGAACCCGGGAUCUGAUGCAGGAUAUUGCCCAUGUCCGGAGAGAGCUUAUGGAGUUGAGCCAAUGCCGCCAGCAAGCAAAUAUGAAGGAGUAUAA